UGGACGGGCCAUGGAGCGGACAGCGGGCAGGGAGCUCGCCCUGGCGCCGCUGCAGGACUGGGGCGAGGAGACCGAGGACGGCGCGGUGUACAGCGUCUCCCUGCGCCGGCAGCUCAGUCAGCGCCUGAGCCCGGGGGAGGCGCCUGGGGGCGGCCAGCCCCGCACCGAGCUGGCCGACUCUUUCCUCCAUUACCGCACGAGCAAGGUGCGCGCGCUGCGGGCGGCGCGCCUGGAGCGGCUGGUCCACGAGCUGGUGUCUGGAGACCGCGAGCAGGACCCGGGCUUCGUGCCGGCCUUCCUGGCCACCCACCGGGCUUUCGUGCCCACUGGCCGCGUGCUGCACUUCCUGCUGCCGCCGCCGCCGCCGCCCCCACCUCCCGGGAUAGAAAUGAAGAAGACACAGGCACAAGAUCUGUGCUUCAACAAGAACCUGAGAGCUGUGGUGUCCCUGCUGGGCUCCUGGCUGCGGGACCACCCCCAGGACUUCCGGGAACCCCCAGCCUACUCCAACCUGGGCAGCGUCCAGGUCUUUCUGAGCUGGGCAGCCCCAGGGAGUCCCGAGGCCCGGGAAGCAGAGAAGCUUCGAGAAGAUUUUUUGGAGGAAGCCGAGGGGGAGCAGGAGGAAGAGGAGCAGCCCCAGAGGUGGGCAGGUUCGGGACUCCCCAGCCCAGACCCCACGGAGGACAGCGGGGCCGGGGAGGAGGGGCUCGUGUCGGAAGGUCCUGACCUGCUGGACUUCGGCGUGGACGAGGUGGCCGAACAGCUGACCCUUAUGGAUGUGGACCUCUUCCAGCGCGUGCGGCCCUUCGAGUGCCUGGGCUCCGUGUGGUCGCAGCGGGACCGGCCGGGGGCGGCAGGCGUCGCCCCCACUGUGCGCGCCACCGUGGCGCAGUUCAACCUGGUGACCGGCUGCGUGUUGGGCUCGGUGCUCGGGGCGCCGGGCCUGGCUGCCCCGCAGAGGGCGCGGCGCAUCGAGAAGUGGAUCCGCAUCGCACAGCGCUGCCGGGAGCUGCGUGACUUCUCGGCGCUGCGGGCCAUCCUGUCGGCGCUGCAGUCCAACCCCAUCUACCGGCUCAAGCGCAGCUGGGGCGCAGUGAGCAGGGAGCCCCUGUCCACGUUCCGGAAGCUCUCGCAGAUCUUCUCGGACGAGAACAACCACAUCAGCUGCAGGGAGAUUCUCUCCCAGGAGGAGGCUGCGCAGGGGCCCCUGGAGGACCCGGACCCGGGCAGCCUGAGCUUGAAGCCGCCCCCAGGCCCCGUCCCCUACCUCGGCACCUUCCUCACCGACCUGCUCAUGCUGGACACGGCCCUGCCGGACACCGUGGAGGGGGAUCUUAUCAACUUUGAGAAGAGGAGAAAGGAGUGGGAGAUCCUGGCUCGCAUCCAGCAGCUACAGAGGCGCUGUCGGAGCCACAGCCUGAGCCCACGGCCGCCCGUCCUGGCCGCCCUGCGUGCCCAGCGCCAGCUCAGCGAGGAGCAGAGCUACCGGAUCUCCCGCGUCAUCGAGCCCCCGGCCGCCUCCUGCCCCAGCUCCCCGCGUGGCAGGCGCCGCAUCAGCCUCACCAAGCGUCUCAGCGCGAAGCUGUCCCGAGAGAAAAGCUCAUCGCCUGGUGGGAGUCCCGGGGACCCCUCCUCACCCACGGCCAGUCGGUCACCAGGGUCCCCCCCAGCGAGCCCUGGAGUCAAGGACCCUCCUCCUGGCAGCCCCCCAGCCUCGCCAGGGCCCCAGGGCCCCAACACCAAGCCGCCCUGGAGCCCCGACCCGCCAGGCCCCCGUCCUCUGACCUCGGCCCUGAGCCCGGGGCAGCAGCGGGGCUCAGAAUCCUGUGUCAUCCGCGUCAGCAUGGACAACGACCACGGGAACCUGUACCGGAGCAUCUUGCUCACGAGCCAGGACAAAGCCCCCAGCGUGCUGCAGCGGGCCCUGCAGAAGCACAGUGCCCCCGAGGCCUGCGCCGGUGACUACCAGCUCUUCCAAGUCCUCCCUGGGGACAAGGAGCUCCUGAUUCCGGACAACGCCAAUGUCUUCUAUGCCAUGAGUCCAGCCUCCCCCGGGGACUUCGUGCUGCGGCGGAGAGAGGCGGCCCGGCACGCACCGUCCCUCUCCCCAGCCUGAGCCGGCCCCGACCUGGCGCUUGUCACCGUGGAGCCGGGGGAGGGUGGGGGGCUUCUCCUGGAACCGUGCUACCCACCCGUCCCUAGUAGAGGCCGGUGCUUGUGCCGUCGGCCUGGCAACACUGCCCCCUAGCGGCUGCAGCCCCUGAAUCACAGCUCUUAGCGCAGGGUCUUUAUCCCCGGAGGCGUCAGCCCCCAGGGUGGGUGACAGGAGAGAGGGCACAGUCCCAGAAACAGGGAAGGGGGCGUGGCUUCAGAGGCCCGCCCCCUGCCCAGAGCCGUGCACCUGUCGGAGACCCCGAGUGGACGAGAGCAGCCACCACAGCCACGGAGCAGGAGUCCGGGCUGUUCUCUUCGCAC